AACACUUUCGUGCCGAUAAGCAUAUUCAUCAUAAUUACGGAGUAACUAAUGGCUCUGCUGCACAAGGCUGAAAGCAGAUGUUUGUCCUAGCUCAUCCGUUAGUUAGCCCUAUGUAUCUCGAAGGGUACCUACUUUAAUGCUUCAGUGUAUAAAUCUUUGCGGUGGCAUGAACCGAACAAGCCACAAGAAAGCCGAAAGAUAUGGCGGGGCUUGGCACAACGACAUCUGCCUGGAUUUAUCUCCGGCCGGUCAGUUUCCAGUGCCCGCCCGCAACACACCGGAACAAACAAAACUGCUUGUGUCUUCAUUCUCUAAACUACUCUUUGAGAAACACAGAUAUAAUACCUAAUUUGUCUUCUAGAGGACGCAGUGCUCGCUUCUAGAUUCUCUCCCAGCUUUGCUUUCACCUCCCUUCUAAUUGUCUGUGUAAUACUUGCUUUUCGCCUCGCAGAGUAGUGUAGUUACACCCCGCGGUUAGCUCAUUUCCUGUUGGGAAAACGCUCUGCGCAGGAAUCCCACUCGAAUUAAGCCAAUUAUUCACCAUGUCUGUUCGAAUCCAUCUGGAUAGGCCGCAUGCGUAUUUUACGAACCUCGAUUUCAUCACAGGGAAAGUCAUCCUUGCCCUAUCCACCGAUACUCCCGUAUCAAGCGUCGUCGUGAAGCUCGAGGGCGAGAGCAGCACCAGGCUUGCCGCUCCGAAAUACCCCAAUAGUGACCGCAGUGAGAAGAAGAGGACGGAGGUGGAAUCCCACAAGCUCCUAUACAAAACCCGUACUUUAUUUCCGGUUGAGGAUACGUCUGAACUCGUCGGAAGUAACCCGUACUAUACCCUUCCGUCCGGCCAUCACGAAUAUCCCUUUAGUUUCAAAUUUCCCUUCAAUAAUGACUGCAGUGAGCAUGCGAGGACAAAUCUCAACAUGGGCGCGAUAAGGCUAGAGGUUGCCCGCGAUACGAAUAUACACGUCCGUAGGGCACUUCCACCGUCGCUGACGGGAUUUCCGGGCGAGGCCGAGAUUAGAUAUUACGUGAAGGCGACGGUUGCGCGGCCACAGUUUUACAAGGAGAAUUAUAGAGGGUUUGCGGAUUUCAAAUUCCUGCCCAUCGAGCCUCCGGAGAGAGUAGUACCCGGCGCGGAAUCGUAUGCCAGACGCCAGCAACAAUUUUCAAAAGUCAGCAGUAUACCUGGGAAGAAGAGUCUUUUCCGAACAACCAAUCCUCCACCCUUGAUCGAUAUCGAGGAAGAACCUCCCAAAUUUUCCGUAGAUGCCAGAUUACCUAGUCCUGCAAUCAUCACCUGUAACGAGCCCAUUCCAUUACGAAUUCUGGUAAGAAAGCUUAACGACAGCUCCGACACGAUUUUCUUGCAGAUGAUACAGGUCGAAUUAAUCGCAUAUACACACAUCCGGGCCCACGAUCUUGCCAGAACUGAGAGUGGGAGCUGGGUCAUUGUAAGCCAAAGCAAUAUGAACAUCCCGCUUGGGGAUGGAACCGCUCCCGCUGGGAAGGAGUGGAAGAUAGAUUCCAGCAUGUGGGAUCGUACCCCAUUGCCCAGUUCUGUGGCGCCGUCAUUCGAUACCUGCAAUAUAUCGCGGACGUACAACUUGGAUGUACAAGUUGGAUUAAGACAUGGUUCUUCUGCUAUGAUGAAGCCUGAGCUUAUCGUUGUUCCCCUCCGGAUACCCGUUCAAGUAUACUCUGGAAUCGCUCCUCCUCAGGCCCUCUUAGACGCUGUCCGGCGGUCUCCUAGUAAGGUCAGCAAGGUAUCCGAGGUUCCGCCUCCGCAACCUCCUCGGCCUGAGGUUGUCCCGACAAUCGCUCCCGUGCACACCGAAUACGAUGAUGCUCCUCCAAGCUAUGAGGAUGCCAUGGCAGAUGCUCUUGGGCCAGUGGAUGGCCCGCGGCGCGAGUAUAACCCUCCAGACCCAGGAUCAUGGUCAGGGGCUGAUAAUAAGGGUUCAGCAAAGGAUAAUAAAGACAACGAGCGGCUUUUCCCUAGUAGCAGCCCGCGCAAUGCAUCAACGGAGUCUUUCUUUGAUAACCAUUAUGCAAAUGUAACGCCUCUGGAUGGGCAAUAUGCCAACUCCCAUUUCGCCGUCCAGCCGCUGCAAUCGACAUCAAUUGGACAGGUUCAACAAACUCAACUUAUCGAGGAGACCCUAUACCCACCACAACAGGCACCACAGGCACAACAAACACUACAGGACUCACAGCAACGAAGGCCAUUGCCCUUCAUGGGAGUUCCCCCUAGGAAACCCGUUCCGGGGGCGGGAAAACAAGCGUGAUCCUUAAAGGUUGAAACUCCACUGGGAAAUAUAUGAGUCCUUCUCCUGUCAUCUGAGUAUGCGAGAGGUGAUAAGAUCGUAGUAUUAGUAUGCGAUCAACUGCUAUUUCUCUCAACAAAUAGCUUAUUCCCAUUCUUUCCAACUGUCUUUUAUUUUCUUUUUCUCUUUUCUACAUAUAAACUUUUGGGAUAACGAUGUAUCACGAAAGCGAGGGUUCAUGGGCUCGGAUAACGAAAGCGUACAUUUUCAUGUCAGGAAUCCUUCUUUUUCCUUUAUCUUUUUCCCUUUUUGUUUUUUCUUUUUUCGUCGCUUUUGUGCAUCAAUGAGUGCAUGGGACAUAUUUUUGUUUAGAGAAAAACAACAUUGACCGGGGUAAUUAAAAAUUCUUUGCGGGAUGGGUUUCAAUAGGGAUCAAAUAAAUAAAAAAUAAAACCUGGUUCAAACUCUCAGUCAA